GCGGCUUGAAACGGUUUAUACUUAAUUCUCCUCCUUAACGGAUUACAGUACUCGGUAGAUAUAACGAUAUUCGCUGAAUGCAUUUGAUCGAGUGAGUGUACAAAAUGAAAGCGGAAAUACAAGAAAUCAGUGUGAAUGAGAAAUAUCAGGAUUUCAAUAUGACAUCGGAAGUACAGGAGUUUUAUCGGGAUAAAAGUGUUUUUCUCACCGGCGGUUCGGGAUUUUUGGGAAAAGUAUUUAUUGAAAAAAUUCUGCGUGCCACAGAUGUAAAACGUAUUUAUAUACUAAUACGUCCAAAGAAGGAACUGACCGUAGAAGAUCGUAUUGAAGCCAUGUUCAAGAACCCGUUGUUCGCCGAUUUAAAUCAAAUGAAACCAACAGCCAGACAACGUGUCAUACCCAUACUCGGUGACUGUCAACUUGCCAAUAUGGGUAUCUCCCCGGAAGACCGUCAAACCCUUAUAGAUGAAGUGCAAAUCGUAAUGCACAGCGCCGCCACGGUCCGUUUUAAUGAGCCACUCUAUAAUGCAUUGGCCAUAAAUGUACGUGCCACCAUGGAUCUAAUGAAAUUGGCGAAAAAAAUGUACAAAUUACAAGCUUUCGUGCAUGUCUCUUCCGCCUUUGCCAAUUGUACGGUCUUUCACAUGGACGAGGUCUACUAUACAAACGAGCUCAAUAUUACAGCUGAAAAUAUGUGCAAAAUAGCCGAAUUACUGGGCCCGGAGAAAACGAAUCGCAUGACGAAUGAAUGGUGUGGCAAAUCGCCCAAUACAUAUACUUUUACAAAAGCACUGGCUGAAGAGGCGGUACUUUCACAAGGCAAAGACUUACCGAUUUGUGUCUUUCGACCUGGCAUAGUUAUACCCACCGCUAAAGAGCCAUUAGUUGGUUGGGUGGACAAUCUAUAUGGUCCGAUGAGCAUUUUAUACGGUGUUGCGCAUGGCAUACUCCGCGUACUCUAUGUGCACUUGGAUACGAAUGCGAAUUUCGUACCCGUAGAUAUGUGCGCCAAUCUAAUGUUGGUUUCGGCAUGGAACACAGCGAAAACUGGUGGACAAGUGGCUCCAUUGGAGAAGCCACCGAUAUAUAAUUUUGUGCCUGACGAACGUAAUAUGUUGAAAUGGGACACUUAUCGACGGACACUGGAGGAACACGCGCCCAAAAUGCCACUCACGAAAAUGAUUUGGUAUCCUUUUGCCAUAAUCGUCAAUUCAAAAUUGUUAUACAACAUUUUAAUAUUAUUUUACCACAUCAUACCCGGCUAUAUAUUUGACUUCCUGCUGCUUCUAAUGGGCAAGAAAAGAAGAAUGGUUAAAACAUAUCGAAAAAUACACAAACAAACCGCUGUGUUGGAUUAUUUCGUUGAACAUAAAUUCACUUUCACAAUGGAAAACACAUUAAAAUUAUGGCAUUCGCUCUCUGGAGCCGAUCAAAGUUUAUUCAAUUUCAAUAUGCUCGCAAUAAAUUGGCCUGAGUACUUUUACAACUCUUUAUUGGGUUUGCGCUGCUACAUGGGGCGAGAGCAACCCGAAACCAUACCGAAGGCCAAGCAACUUUGGAGCAGACUUCUCAUAUUACACCGCACCGUACAGCUGCUGGUCUAUGGCGGCGUUAGCGCUUUGUUAUCAUGGACAUUUCUGCGAGCUUUUCAAGUGCUUUAACAAUAAGUAACUAAAACAAAAAUCAUUUCUAUAGGGAAUAUGUAUUUCAAGGAUGAUAUAUUAUUUAUGUGCAUACAUAUAUAUAUAUGAAUAUACAUUGUUACUCAUGUGAUAAUCAACGAAGGUUAUAAAACUCGCUGAUUUUGUUUUGUAAUUAUACGUAUUAGGCUCGUGUAGUUUGAUUUCGUAAUUAAGUGUGUUAAUGUUAAUACAUACAUACAUAUGUAAUUGGUAUUAAGUUCUUUUGCGUGUGUACUCAUUGAAUGUAAUUUAACACUUACAAGUGUUUAAGUUUAACGUAAAUAAUUUUAUUUUUUUAUAUAAAUUGUUGUUGCUGCA